GCCAGCUGUUUGCCUCUUCCGCCCAAAGGGCAGAUAGCAGGUGCAGGCUUGAAGUGCGCCUUGGGAAAGUGCUGCUGGGAACCUAAGCCCCAGGGCACAGGCGGAGUCUCCAGAGGCAGCCGCCUGAGGUGACCUGAAGCGGCCAGCAGCCAGCAGCUCCAAGAAGGUGGCCAGGAAAAUGGGGAGCUACGGCCUGGGUGUGCCGGGUCCUGCGCUGUUUCUGCUGCUGGUGCUGCGGCCUCCGCUGCUGAAAGCCGGAAGUUUGCGGCACAGUGUCCGGGGCUCCAGAGACCUGCAUGGCCUCGUUCUAAGUGGGAAAAGCCUCCAUAACUACCUCCGCCCGAAGGGGGGAACUGUCCACCACCUCCGCAGCCACUAUUCCCGGGAUAACCCGGCAAAAGAUACAAGGCAAUCCUGCCAGAGCGCAUAUGACCUUUACUUCAUCUUGGAUAAGUCAGGCAGUGUGAACAACAACUGGAUGGACAUUUACAACCUUGUGGAACAUUUUGUCAAAAAGUUCGAAAACCCGAAACUGCGGAUAUCCUUCAUCACCUACUCCACAGAGGGCCACACCCUCAUGAAACUCACCUCAGAUAAAAAUGAAAUAAGUGAUGGUCUUAAUAAACUUCAGAAUACAGUGCCUACUGGAGCUACAAACAUGCAUGAAGGAUUUAAAAAGGCAAAUGAGCAGAUUGAAAAAGCAAACUCUGGAGAAAACAAAGUUCCUUCCAUGAUUAUCUCCUUGACGGAUGGAACACUGCUACCAGAGUCCUUUGAUGAGACUAAGUACGAAGCUGCAAAGGCUCGGAAAAUGGGGUCAACCAUUUAUGCCAUUGGUGUAAAAGACUAUAGGAAAGACCAGCUGUUGGAAAUUGCAGACAGCCCAGAACACAUGAUUGGAGUGGACAAUGGAUUUAAGGAACUGAGAAGCAUCGUAGAACCACUCACAAAUAAGGCAUGUAUUGAAAUUACAAAAGUGGAGCCUUUGCAUUUGUGUGCAGGAGGUAAGAGCUAGAGUCACUGUUGUAAACACAGGGAUGUAUGUUGUGAGUAUG